CGAGGGGCACGUUGGGCGUCCAGUAAUUCACCAGGCCACAGUCUCUGCAGUUGCACCAGGCUCCAAGCCGCCGUCCCUCCCUCACUCCAAGGGCAACCACGGGACGCCCAGCAUUGGCAGCUCCUCUCCUGCAGAGGGCACUGGGGCACUGGCAGAGACGGGGACGGAGGCAGGUGAAGCCGGAAAGGGGCUGGCAGAGGAGGCAGCCUGUCCCCUGGGAAUCUCUUGGCCAGUCCGGCCACUGGCUAGGACCAAAGGGGCCAGUUCUGUUUUGGGGGGGACCGGCGCUUGGUCAGCCCGCAAGCAGGGCUUGUCCCGCCUGGUGUGCACCCCCCAAUCCGGCUGGAAAGCCUUCUUCCAGCCCCCCCCCCCAAGCUUCUCAUGCCCUUGGUGUCCACUUGGCCUUCAGGAGAAGGACAAUCCGGAGAGCGAAUUCAACCAGAAGAACCUGGAGUUGACCACCCUGAACCUGUUUUUUGCUGGGACGGUGACGGUCAGCUCCACCCUGCAAUAUGGGUUUCUGUUGCUGAUGAAGUACCCCGAAGUGCAAGCAAAGAUGCAGGAAGAAAUCGACCGUGUGAUUGGCCAGAACCGGAUCCCCAACAUUGAAGACCGGAGCCAGAUGCCCUACGUGGACGCGGUCAUCCACGAAGUGCAGCGGUUCAGCGACCUCAUCCCCAUGAACGUGGCCCACGCGGUCACCCGCGACACGGAAUUCAGAGGCUACCUCAUCCCGAAGGGCACAGAGGUCCUUCCCAUGCUCAGCACCGUUCUGCAUGAUGGCACCAAGUUCAAAAGCCCCCAAGGGUUCCACCCGGAGAACUUCCUGGAUGAGAACGGGCAGCUGAAGAAAAACGAGGCCUUCGUCCCCUUCUCUGCAGGGAAACGCGUCUGCCUGGGGGAAGCUCUGGCCCGGAUGGAGCUCUUCCUCUUCUUCACCGCCAUCCUGCAACGGUUCCGGCUGAAGCCCCUGGUGGACCCCAAGGACAUCGACCUGACCCCCCAGGAGUUCGGCUUUGCCACCAUCCCGCCCCUCUACGAGCUCUCGGUCGUCCCCCGCUGAGAGGAAGGAGCCGAGUGGGCGUCCCAGCGCACCCUGCCUCUGCGCUCCUGUGCUUUUGCACCAGCUGGACUUGUGGGGGGGGGCUGCAUGGUCCCCUUCUCUGCGACACCCCCCCCCCCGGGGGCCAGGAUUCCUGAGGGGCUGGGACAAGAUGCCUCUUCCAGGUGUUUGCCUUGAAAAUAUAAAGCUUUGCGGGGAUGCAGGUGGCUGGAA